AUGGCUAAUAUGAAGAAUGAUAUUGUCAUUUAUGAUUACAUCAUUAUUGGAGGUGGAACGAGUGGUGCAGUUGCAGCUCGACGUUUGGCCGAGGGAAAAGAUCAUUACAAUGUGUGUCUUAUAGAAGCUGGUCCCAGUCACGAAGGUAUAGACAACAGUCGAAUGCCUGGUGGUCUACCAGCGCUGUUUCAGGAGAAUCUGAUCGAUUGGGGCUACGAGAUGGUUCCUCAAAAAGGAUGCGGCAAUCGUGUUCUAGCCGCUUCACGAGGUCGUGUUCUUGGAGGUUGCAGUGCACUCAAUGGCACAGUAUUUACCCGAGGUGCUAAAGCCGAUUAUGAUCGAAUUGCUGACAUGGGUAAUCCAGGAUGGAGUUGGAAUGACAUGAUGCCUUACUUUAAAGCAUCUGAAACAUUUCAUCCAGCUGAGUGGCACCAAGCAGACUUGUCUGCUCACGGUACUGAUGGACCUCUGCAUACGGAACCACAACCUCUAGCGCCUAUCUCCGAAAAAGUUCUUGAAUCCUUUAUCGAUCAAGGCUUUGAAUACAAACCGGAUAUGUUUAUUCAAGGUGAAUACGAAGGUGUUGGACAUGCUGUUCGCACAAUUCACAACGGUGUUCGGACUACAAGUGCAGAUUUUGUGCACAAUUGUAAGAUGGCAAACCUCACCGUUAAAACGAAUACAUAUGUAGACCGAAUUAUUCUGGAAAAAAACAAUACAAACAAUAGAGAAAAUCGUGAAUACAAGGCAGUCGGCGUAAAAGUACAUGACAAUACAAAUAGUCAAGGAAUAACCAUCAAAGCGAGAAAAGAAAUUAUCUUGAGUGCUGGUGCUUAUAACUCUCCAAUAAUCUUGAUGCACUCCGGUAUUGGUCGAAGAGAUCAUCUCACCGAAAUGAACAUCGACUGUAAGAUUGAUUUGCCUGGUGUUGGUGAAAAUCUCUUGGAUCAUCCGAUCGUUUAUACAUCUUACCAACUAAAGGAUCCCAAUCUCACGCUCGAUCGGUUUUUCUACCAUAGUCCAGACACUCUCGCAUUAUCGAUCAAAGAAUGGCAUGAUACUAAAACAGGACCCAUGACAAAAUUUAUAUUUGGUUGCUUUGCACUUAAACGAAUUGACAAAACGAUUCAGGACCCCAUUUGGGAAGCUGCAAAAUCCGAGCAGCAAUGCGAUGAUCCAACCGGACAGUUACCUAAUCAACCUCACAUCGAGUUCUUCAAUACUGAACUAUACAUUGUUCCACCCGACCUUCAUCCGCAAAGUCCAUCCAAUGGCGAAGGUGUCUUUACACUAAUCACUCUUCUCUGUGGACCGCAAGCGAGAGGCACCGUUCGAUUGUCGUCCAGCGAUCCGACAAGCAAGCCAAUUAUCGAUCACGCCUAUUUUGACAAUGAUCUCGAUGUGGCUGUGCUUGCUGAAGGUUGUCGACUCGCUCACGAAGUGUUAAUGAAAGGGCGAGGAACAAAAGAUAUUAUCAUUGGCGCUUGGCCAAAAACGACUUCUUAUCCAACAGAUUUGAACGGUUGGAAAGAACAUGUACGAGCACUUUCCGGCACCUGCUGUCAUGCGAGUGGUACAUGCAAGAUGGCACCCAACAAUGACCCGAUGGGAGUAGUUGACAAUCGUCUUCGUGUGCGAAAUGUCGAAGGCUUGCGAGUAGCGGAUGUUUCCAUUCUGCCUAUUCUCAAUAGUGGACAUCCACAGGCGCCUGCGUAUGCCAUUGGCGAAAAGGUGGCGCAUAUGGUUUUGCAGGAUGCUGAAACUGGAAAAUCGUUUUAA